CCCAGCUUGUUUACACCUGCGACGAGCAGCGGGUACGCAGAGGACCCGUCAGUGUACUGCUGGACGACACCGCUUACGCCGAGCGACAACCUAACGCUGGGAAAGGGUUACCUUCUCUAAGGUCCUGUGAUCUUCCCAAGCCGUCUGUCCUAAGAGGCCAGUCCAUCCUCAGCCAUCCAUCUCUUCUCUCAGACACCAUGGACGAGACAGAUGUGGAACAGGUGACGCUGGCUCUACUGGACGGAGCCAACGACAAAGACGCAGAGGUCCAGGAGCAGGUGAGGAAGUCUGUCCUGACCUUGGGGAAGCAACAGCCGGACAGAGUGUUGGCCAUGUGCCAGGACUAUCUGCUGAAACAUCCCAAGCUGGUGGUGAGUCACCGCGUGGUGAUCCUGCAGACCAUCGAGCUCAUCGCUGCCGACAGGCUAGAGGACAUCGGCUACCCCAGGAUAAAGAGCAUCAUCUCCCUGGCCUCCGACGAGAUGACCCGUUCCAAGGAAGUAACCCUUGACUGGCAGCAGGCAGCUAGUAAUAUCCUGGUUGCCGUGGGCAACAAGUACAUCAAUGACAUCAUGGAGGAGAUCCUGACCAAGUUUCAGCCAGGGAUCUUACCACAUUUCUUUGUUGUUCAGACACUAGCGAACCUCUCAGAUUCUAAUGUGUAUGGGAUGGUGCCCUUUCUCAAUGCCAUCCUUGGAACCAUGUUGCCCAUGCUUAGCAUGGCCAGGCAGGACAACAUGAAGUGGGUCUUCUCUUCAGCCCUGUCUCAUUUUAGCGACAGCAUCCUGGAGUACCUGGCCAACCUAGACAAGGCCCCGGACCCCACGGUCAGGAAGGACACCUUCUCCAGUGAGAUCUACGCCGCCUAUGACAUCCUCUUCAACGGCUGGCUCCAGAGCCGGGAGUCCAAGCUCAGGCUGACGGUGGCCGAGGCCGUGGGCCCCAUGAGCCACCUCAUGGCCAGUGACAAACUGGAGGAGCAGAUUCCCCGGCUCCUCCCGGCUCUGCUGUCCAUGUACAAGAAGAACAACGAGCAUUUCAUCAUCAGCAAGAGUCUGUGCCAGGUGAUUGAUGCCUCUGUCAACAUGGGCAGCCGAGUGUUGGAGACACAACUGGAUAGUCUACUGUCUGCCCUGCACCAUCAAGUGUGCAGUCCUGUGGACUACAGUAACCCCCCCACCGUCAAGAACCACAACGAGGUGCUGCGCUGCUUCAGCCUGCUAGCCAACGCUUUCCCAGACAAGCUGGUGCUCUCGGUUCUACAGAAGCUGGAGAAUAACGAGAGGAAUAGAAUGGGUUCCCUAGCUGUCCUACGACACCUCAUCAACUCCAGCACUGCCAUGAUGGAAACUAAGAAGCUUCUCAUCCUGGCCAGCAUUAGACAACCAAUGGCCGACCACAGCAAUAAGGUGAAGAGGCGAGUGGUGCAGGUCAUCAGUGCCAUGGCCCACCAUGGAUACCUGGAGCUGGAGGGCGGAGAGCUUCUGGUGCGCUUCAUCGUGCAGCACUGCGCGCUGCCGGACACGUACCAGCGUGGCCCAAAGCCCACUGAUCCAGAAGAGGUGUCUAACGAGGCGUUGAGGAGCAUGUGUGACGAUACCCUCCACCUGCUGACCACCACGGUCAGCCGACUAGCUGACGUGCUGUGGCCCAUGCUGCUGUACUACCUGACCCCGCCUCAGUUCAGCAACGCAACCACCCCUCUGUGUCGGAGUCUGAUCGUACUGGGCAGCAAGAAGCGGAGCAACAAGGAGGCCACCUUCAACAUAGACUUCACACAGCAAGCUAACUUACCAUCGCCGCAGACUCUGAUGAUCAGGCUGUGGGUGAAUGCGGCGUUCCCGUUCGGCAGCCGGGGCCACGGCGCUCCGUCUCUCUCCCUGCUCAACGUCCUCAGCCUCAACAUCCACCCCGACCUGGACGUGCUGUGGGAGAAGGAGAUCCCCCCGCUGGUGGCUCUCCUGGAGGAAUCAACUGUGGAUAGCCUGGAACAGAAACCAUUUGAAGACAAACUGCUCAAGCUGCUGUCUAAAACCCUGGUGACGAUAGACGACAGCAAGUGGGUGUGUCAGCUGGUUGCCGAGGCAACGCGCUACCUCUCCACCUAUAACAAUGCUUUAGAGGAGAAGAGCUUCCUCUACCGCUGUGUCGGAGUGAUGCUGCAGGAGUGCCACAACAAGGAGGUGGUGAAGAAACAGCUGCAGGAGAUCCUCCUGACCGCCCGGCACAGCGACGCCAUCGAGAGAGAGGGCGUGGCCUUGAGCGUGGGCCUGUGUGCCCACAGCCACCUGGAGGGCACGCUGGCCAAGCUGGAGGAGUUUGGCAAGUCGGACGCCUUCAAGAAGUCCCCCAGCAUCUUCAACCUGCUCAAGGACCGUAGUGACCUGGAGGCAGACAAGGUGAAGAGCACCCUGAUCCUGUGCUACGGCCAGGUGGCCCUCAACGCACCGCCAGAGCAGAUCCUCAAGCGCAUCGACCACGACAUCCUGCGCCUCAUCAGCAAGCACUUCAACACCAAGGUUCUUGGGAUUAAAGUAGAGAACAAGGACCUGACCAUGAAGCUCAGUUUGAUCCAGAGUGUUGGACUGAUAGCCAGAGCCAUCAGUGAGUGUGUGAAGAGGCAAGGCUACGUCUUCACCCGCAAACACGACCUUAUUUCUGUCAUGAUGGACUUUAUCAAGGCAGAGCCAGCCGACGCCAUGAAGACGCCAGUACGCCAUCUAGUGAUGUCCACCUGCGCCAACCUCAUACCCCUGGACCCCCCGCUGAGUGAGACCGAGGGCUUUGACCUGCUGAAGGUGUGUGUGGGCAGCGCCUUCGCCCUGCCGCCCGUCACACACACCCCCGAGAAGACCAAGGACGAGGAGGUCAUGGAACCCAAGCAGAGAGAGGCGUUAUACAGGGACACCAUGGCCAGCCUGCAGGAGCUGCUAAAGAGUGUCUUGGUGAAAGAGCCCUCACCUGACAACCUGCAGAGUGUCUUCAAGCACAUUGAGUCCUGGCUGAGCUCAGCCCAAGACCACGAGAGAGAGAGAGCUGUCUGCACCACCGCGCACAUACUGGACUUCUACCUUGAGAAACUCACUGUGAAGAACAUGGUGUCCUUCCACAACCUGGGGGCCCUGCUGGGCAGGCUGGCCCCCCGCUGUUCGGACCCCCACCCCGCCGUGCGCCUCGCCGCCAUCAGCGCCGUGCACACGCUGCUCAACAUACAGCUGCGCUACGAAGGCUUUGCCAACGACUACCGGGACGAGUCAGUAGAGAGUCUGCUGCUUAUGAGAUGUGUUCUGGAGAACCCGGACAACGCUGUCCUAUACAAGACCUGCUCUGAGCUCACCAAGGUGAUAAGCAAGCGGCUCCCCCAGCAGCAGCUGUCUACGCUGGUGUUCAUGCUGUUCGAGGGCCUGGUUGACAGCCAGACCAACUGCUGCAGGGCCUCUUCCGUCAUACUCAACACGCUGCUGAAGAACAGGGGGGCCGGCCUACAGGACCUGGUACCAGAGAUGCUGGAGGUGCUCCACCUACGACUGCAGAGCAUCACAGAGGAGCAGGUGAGAGUGGCGGUGGGACAGACCGUUCUGAUCCUGGCCACUCAGCAUCUGCAGGCGGUCUUCAACACCCUGGUCAUCCAGCCGCUUCCUUUCGACAGCUGGAACAGCGAGAUGUGGAUGGCGCUGGGAUCGGACCCCAUCAUCGCCGGGCAGAUCAUGGAGAUGGCCAUGGAGAAGCUGGUUGUCAUGGCACCCUACAUCGACCGGAAGGAUCCCAUGACGAGAGGAGGCCUCGCCAAGGUGGCCACCGGCCAGCCCUUAGCUAUGACGUGCGGGCUGAAGGAGCUGCUGCUGAACGGCCAGAGCCAGGAGCCGGCCGUGGCCAUGUUCCCGCGACUCUUCUCCUGCCUGGUGGUGCGCCUGGGGGCCAGCGUGGGCGUGGUGGCCCCCCGCGACAACAACAACUACAGCAAGAACGCCCGCAACCAGUUCCACGUGGCCGGGGCAGCGGUGGAGGCUCUGCGGAUCCUUCUGGCCCGCGCCCUGCUGGACGACGUGGGGAAGCGUCUGGACCUGGACCACGCCUGGGAGGCCAUGAAGGAGCCCAACACACACACUGCCGGGAUCACGCUGCUGGCCAGGGCGAUGGCCAGGCACGCGGGGCCUCGGCUACCCUCCAUCGUGGAGUGCCUCUGUCCCAGCCUCAACAACAUCUACGAGUGCCAGCGCAUCACCGUCACCGCCUUCUUCUCUGAGCUCCUGAACCACCAUGUGGUGACGGAGCUGCUGCUGAUGGACGUGCUGAUGAACAACAUGAUGGAGAGGAUCUCCGACCCCUGCUGCACCGUCCGCAUGCUUGCCGUCCGCGGGCUGGGCAACAUCGCCACAGGCUCGCCCGAAAAGGUUAAUAAAUACGCCAAGGAGCUGUUGGCAGCUAUGAGCUCGGGGAUGGAAGAGAAGGAGGACCCAGGUAAACGGAUCACACUGGAGGCCAUGUCAGGCCUCUCUAAAGUCCUGCUCCACCUGGACAAGAAGAACGUCCAUCUGCUGGUGGUCUACAUCUUCAUGAAGAUCAAGCCUUUCCUGGAGAGCGAGAACGAUGAGAUCCGCUGUGCUUCCAUCCUCCUGCUGGGUAACCUGUCCCAGUUCGGCUCCGGGGAGGCGGUGUUCAAAGACCAGAUCCACAACGUCCUGGUCAGCCUGCUGCUGCAUCUGGUGGACCCCAACCCGCAUGUCGUCAAGGCAUGCAAGAAUGCGAUGCGCACGUGUGCUCCGGUGGUGGGCUCGGAGCAGAUCACGGUGAUGUUCCAGAAUCAUCUGCACGAGGACAAGAGCCUUCACUACGGAGAGUUCAUCAAUGACCUCACCAAGUACCUGAUUCAGGACUUCCCCGGCAUGCUGAACUUCUACCACAUCUCCGUCAUGCAGUUCUUCAAGAGCCACUGGGCUGAGGGUUUCUGCUGGGAAACCUUACGGAAGACCUUUUCUCACACAUCAACAUGAGCACUGUCACCAAAGGUCUGGUGAUGCUCCUCCAGGACCCGGACGCUGCGGUCAGGAUGAAGGCAGCGGAAGCCAUGGGCCGCUUCCACUGACACACACACACACACACACACACACACACACACACACACACACACACACACACACACACACACACACACACACACACACUGUGUAGCCAUUCCAAGCUUUAGCCUCGUUAGUUUGGUAAGCUAAGACGAGUUAGCCGAUGUGAAGUGAUGACUGGUACUUGAAAGAGACUUCUUAAGUCUUCGCUGAAUGUGACCAAAGACUUGGUAUGGAAGGACCUUCCAUCUAUGUAGCAUGCACUAAGGACAUACCCAACCCGUUCUUACCAUGGAAACACGUGAUUAUGCUCUGCUGCAUUCAUAAACGUGAAAAGAUAAUUACGAUAAUUAUUAAGUGUUAACUAACAAUAAUAUAUGAAACGUUAGGCACAGAAAAUACAAUGUGGUCUCAAUGCUUCUGAUUGGUUGUAACUGGUAUUAGCAGAGUGGUGACAUCCCGUACAUUUAUUUAAGCCGAUGAAAGACUUCUUCCUUAGGCUGUGGUUGGGAACUUUAAAUCUAAAGCGUGAUAUCUUUGUCCUAUAAAGUUAUCUAAUAAUCGGGCCAUCUCGGUCACGGGAGAAUGACUGCUAGAGUUUCUGUUUUGGUUAAUUAAUCGAGGAAUUUUAUUGAUUUAGAUGUAGCAGGUAUUCUGACCGGUCUCAGAGUAUUUUCUAAUCUAGUUUUGCUCCAAUUGAACUCUGAGACGAAUCUGCAUCUUCCAUAGGUCCUACGAGAUAGUCGAGUGGAGAUUAUAAUUAUAUGAAUGCGACCCAAUAGUUUGCUGACCAGUAAUAGUGGAUUCUCUUUUGAUGUCUAUGCUGACACACACACACAGACACACACACACGCACGCGCGCGCA